GUUGCACGUUGGACGGACGAUCCUACAACAGCUCAGUGUCCUGGACCACGUCCACCAAACCCUGCGUCACCCGAAGAUGUCAGGAAGGUGUCGUCACUGAGGCGGAGGUGCAGUGUGUCGUCCACUGUAAAAACCCAAAGAUCCACCCGAAGAAGUGCUGUCCCACCUGCCCCACUUGUAUCUUCGAGGGUCGUCUGUACAAAGAGAAGGAGGAGUUCAGUCCAGAGAACAAACCCUGCAUCAAGUGCACCUGCACC